UCAGAACCUGAAAACGGACCAUACACUAUUACCAAAAAUACGAGUGGUAUAGAAUCAGAACCUGAAAACGGACCAUACAUUAUUACCAAAAAUACGAGUGGUGUGGAAUCCGAACCUGAAAACGGACCGUACACUGUUACCAAAAAUACGAGUGGUGUGGAAUCAGAACCUGAAAACGGACCAUACACUAUUUCCAAAAAUACGAGUGGUGUGAUAUCAGAAUCUGAAAACGGACCAAACACUAUAACCAAAAAUACAAGUGGUGUGAAGCCAAAAGGAAAAGAUAACAUCAUUAAAGCAUCAACUCAAAUUGCUAUAUGGGCGGAUAUAAAAUCAAUUAUCAGUCUAGAAUAUAUUAUAAUUGUUUUAGGAUCAGACUUUAUUGUUGCUUCUAUAAAUGGUUCAAUCAUGGCACUGCAACUUGACCUGAUGAAAUCAAAGAACGUAGACGUGUCCUGGUCCAAUAUGGUGUUCAUCGUACGAAGCGUGACCGUCAUAGUCUCAUCGCUGCUACCCGGCCUUGGUAAACAAUUUGGUAUCAGCGUUAAUGUUAUCUUAGCGAUGGCUGCUGUGAUCGGUGCAGCCGGGUACCUGCUAGUUCAACUCUCUUCAGGGCAUGUGUCGUUUUUGGUCGCAAAUGGUCUGGUGGGAACUACUCUAGGAGCCAGUUUGCCGGCGUCGAUGAUCGCCAUGAAGAUGGUGCCCAUAGAACAUAUGCCGGUAGCUUCCGGUCUGAUGACUUCCGGGGUCGGAGUGCUGUCGGCCGCGUCCGGGCCGUUGUUCGCAUUUAUUCGGGAAUCGACGGGUAGCUACGAUAUAGUGCUCUACCUGAUAGCGGCCAUCCACUGUGCUGCGGCACUCGCCUUUCUGGGAGGCUUGCUCGUGAAAAACCGGAAGAUGGAUAACAGAAGUGACCUCGUCAUAACGAGGCUGUAACACACGGUCAUUGCACGCAAUUUCAUUAUAAUUCCUUCGUCAGGUUAUACGCUGUUUGUUUUUGAUGAUUUGUGUGUUCUUCUUCGUGCACGUUUAAUCUUUCAUCUUUUAUGCUUCUAAUGUGGCUUGACUAUGGCUCAGUAAAAAAAGUGAACAACAACACUUAAAUGACAUUGGAAAGACAUCAUUUCUGAAAAAGAGUUCUGUAUUAAAAAGGUUAUCUUUUGAGGAAAGUAUUAAGCGACAUUUCUUGAUUAUUGCUUGUAAAACAAUUAUGAUUUUAAUAAUGAUUAUAGCUAGGCGCAU